ACCCGGAACGGGAUCGGGAGCGGGCGGCGAGCGGGGCCCGGCGCUCCCGGGGAGCAGCGGCGUCGGGACGGGGGUUGAGGGAGCGGGAAGAUCUUCCUUGAUCCAGUUAUGAAAAGAUGUUUAGAAAAGGAAAAAAGCGACACAGCAGCAGCAGCUCACAAAGCAGUGAAAUCAGCACCAAAAGCAAGUCUGUAGAUUCCAGUCUCGGGGGACUUUCCAGGUCUAGUACUGUGGCCAGUCUAGAUACAGACUCCACAAAAAGUUCAGGACAAAGCAAUAGUAAUUCUGAUACGUGUGCAGAAUUCAGAGUUAAAUAUGUUGGUGCCAUUGAAAAAUUGAAAUAUAAUGAGAGCAAAAGUCUUGAGGGGCCAUUGGACUUGAUAAAUUACAUAGAUGUUGCACAGCAAGAUGGAAAGUUACCUUUUGUUCCAGGUGAAGAGGAGUUUAUUAUGGGAGUUUCCAAAUAUGGCAUUAAAGUUUCAACAUCUGAUCAAUAUGACGUUUUACACAGGCAUGCUCUCUAUCUAAUUGUACGGAUGGUCUGCUAUGAUGAUGGUCUGGGAGCAGGAAAAAGUUUACUGGCUUUGAAGACAACAGAUGCAGCCUCUGAAGAAUGUAGCCUCUGGGUAUAUCAGUGCAAUAGUCUGGAACAAGCACAAGCCAUUUGCAAAGUGUUAUCUACAGCCUUCGAUUCAGUUUUAAUGUCGGAGAAGUCCUGAUGUUCUUGGGCAGCACGUGAGUGUGUAGUACAAGAGGCCUUUGUGAUACCACAGACUGGCUGCAGCCACACAAUCCUAAGACAGACUUGCUGUGCAAAGAGCCACACAACCUUGCACAUGGUACUCUGUCAUUCCUCAAACAUGACUUGAAGAAAUUAUUCCAUCUUCAGGUUUCAGGACAAGAAUUUUAUAUUUAACAUGAUUUUUUUUUCCUAAACCAUGUUUUGUAUAUUAAUGUCAAUAUUGUAGAAAUGUAAAAUAAAACUGACACUUCUG